CAGAUAACGUAGAUGCUCUAAAAUCUCGUGUGAAAAUAUAUUCUAAACUAAAUCGUAACGAAGAAAAACAAGCUGAUCUACACAAAAUAUUGUUAAUAGAAGAAAAAAGAAAAUAUGAAAAUUCUUAUAAUGAUUUGGUCAGAUCAUUGGAAGUUUGA